AUACCAGCAAGAAGAUAUGAGGAUUUUUUAGUAAUGUUUUUUGCUACUGAUGAGAUCAACAAGAAUCCUUAUCUGUUACCCAACAUAUCUUUGAUAUUCUCCCGAAUUGUUGGCGUCUGUGAAGACACUUUUGGACAUCUGGAUAAACUAUAUGAAACACAACACAAUAAUUUUGAUUUUAUUAAUUAUCACUGUGGUAUUCAGGCAAUUUGUGAUAUACAACUUACUGGACCAUCAUGGAUAACAUCCUUAAAAUUGGCAAUUUAUUUUAGGACACUGAAGAUUUUCUUUGGACCAUUUAAUCCUAACCUGAGUGACCAUGACCAGUUUCCCUAUCUCUAUCAGAUAGCAACCAAGGACACACGUUUGUCCCAUGGCAUGGUCUCCUUGAUGCUUCAUUUUAGAUGGACUUGGAUUGGACUGGUCAUCUCAAAUGAUGACCAGGGUAUUCAGUUUCUCUCAAACUUGAGAGAUGAAACGCAAAGGCAUGGGAUCUGUUUAGCUUUUGUGAAUAUGAUCCCAGAAGAUAUGCAGAUAUACAUGACAAGGGCUAAGAUAUAUGAUAAACAAAUUAUGGCAUCAACUGCAAGGGUUGUUAUUAUUUAUGGUGAAAUGAACUCUACCCUAGAAGUCAGCUUUAGAAGAUGGGAAUAUUUAGGUGCACAGAGAAUCUGGAUCACAACCUCACAAUGGGAUGUCAUCAUAAAUAAAAGAGAUUUCAGCCUUGAUUUCUUCCAUGGGACUGUCACCUUUGAACACCACCACAGUGAGAUUGCUAAAUUAAGGAAUUUUAUGCAAACAAUGAACACUUCCAAGUACCCAGUAGACAUUUCUAAGUGUAUGCUAUGGUGGAAUUAUUUUAAUUGUUCAGUAUCUAAGAACAGCAAUAGCAAAAUGGAUCAUUUUUCAUUCAACAAUCCAGUGGAAUGGUUGGCACAGCACAAAUUUGAUAUGGCCCUGAGUGAAGAAGGUUACAAUUUGUAUAAUGCUGUGUAUGCUGUGGCCCACACAUACCAUGAACUCAUUCUUCAAAUAGUAGAAUCUCAGCAAAUGGCAGAACCCAAAGGAGUGUUCACUAACUGUCAGCAGGUGGCUUCCAUGUUGAAAACUAGAGUAUUUACUAACCCUGUUGGUGAACUUGUGAACAUGAAUCAUAGGGAAAACGAGUGUGCAGAGUAUGGCAUUUUCAACAUUUGGAAUUUUCCACAAGGUCUUGGAUUA